AUGACUGUUACCCUAAGUAAGCAUGGAGAUGGGUAUAAGGAUGGGAAUGAUUGUAAUACGACUGUUACGCUCAGUAAACAUGGAGAUGUGUAUAAGAAUGGGGAUGAUUCUAAUACGACUGUUACGCUCAGUAAACAUGAAGGCGUCUAUAAGAAUGGGGAUGAUUCUAAUACGACUGUUACGCUCGGUAAACAUGGAGACGUGUAUAAGGAUGGGGAUGAUUCUUAUACGACUGUUACGCUCAGUAAACAUGAAGGCGUCUAUAAGAAUGGGGAUGAUUCUAAUACGACUGUUACGCUCGGUAAACAUGGAGGCGUGUAUAAGGGUGGGGAUGAUUCUAAUACGACUGUUACGCUCGGUAAACAUGGAGGCGUGUAUAAGGAUGGGGAUGAUUCUAAUACGACUGUUACGCUCGGUAAACAUGGAGGCGUGUAUAAGGAUGGGGAUGAUUCUAAUACGACUGUUACGCUCGGUAAACAUGGAGGCGUGUAUAAGGAUGGGGAUAAUUGUAAUACGACUGUUACGCUCGGUAAACAUGGAGGCGUAUAUAAGAAUGGAAUAAUUUGGUUACAUCCAUGCGUUGUUGUGGUGUCGUUGCUGUUAGCAACCUGUGAAGCAGACAGGUUGGGACGAUUGGAGCGUCAAAUGACACUGUUGAAAGCCUUUCAGUCCUACGUUGAGGUGAGAUUGGACACAAUUGAAGGAGACUUUGGUGCAUUAACCGAAAGAGUGUCAACUCUUGAAUCAAUAGUUAAAACCUCCGAAAACGAUACUGGAGGGACUGACAACCUAAAGAAUGGACGUACGAAAGGGACAAUAAAUACCCAAUCUGAUUUUAACGAUAUCAAAACUUCUCUCCAUCUGUAUAAGCAUUCGUUUCAAAAACAUAAAAAGGAACUAAUCAAUGUCAAAUAUGAUGUGAAAGACUCAUUUUCGGUGUUUCUGUCGAAUGCAUCCAAAACUGUUGACACAUUAGUGAACACUGUCAGUACCCAUGUAAGAAACAGCAAUGAAAAUAUAUCAGCUUCUUUGGAAAAGAACGUCUAUGUAACAUGUGCACGUGUCCAAAUCGAAACGAUUCAGCUAGAAAAGACGGUUGAAGAGCUAAUAGGCAGAGCAAAUGAAGUUGUUGGCAUCAUUGAUGAACAGAGAUCUACAAUAGAAGACGGCAUUAUGGUCACCAUCAGGGGGCGUAAGUACUCGUAG